UAAAUUCUGCCCCUAUCUGUCCUACUUACCCAAAAAGGUACUUUUCUACACAUGGCCACCAACUCCUCCAUGGAACCAUACUCAACCCAAGCCUGUGAAAAUAUCUGCAAACAGAUUCAUGCCUCUCUGCUUCACCACCGGCUGAGCCUCCUGAUUGGAGUUCUUGCCUCCCCGAACCGGGUCGAGUGCGAGAGGAUCAGGGAGAAGUACAAGGAAAUGUACGGAGAGGACCCGGUCCAGAGCCUUGAGGCCGCUGAUGAAAAUCAACCGGAAACCACUCAGGCUCUGGCCACGGUGCUGCUCAGCCCCCACGAGCGCGACGCCGCCUUCGCCCGGGAGGCUCUCCGGCGGGAUGACGUAAAUUUCAGGGCGCUGGCGGAAAUCUUCACGUGCCGAAAAUCCAGCCACGUUCAGCUCAUACACCAGGCUUAUGUGGCCAAGUUCAGAAGGCAUUUAGAUCAUGAUAUUGCCAGCAUUGAAACACCCUCCCCCUACCAAAAGAUAUUAAUGGCAUUGUCUGCAUCACAUAAAGCACACAAUGCUGAUAUUAGCCAACACAUAGCCAAGUGUGAUGCUAGGAGGUUGUACCAAUCAGGGGAAGGAAGGUCAGGGGGAGGCAUUGAUGAAGCUGUUGUGUUGGAGAUUUUAAGCAAGAGAAGCAUUCCACAGCUCAACCUCACUUUUUCUAGCUAUAACCACAUCUAUGGCCAUACUUAUACCAAAUCUCUAAAGGAUGGAUGUUUGGGGGAGUUUGAAGAUGCAUUGUUGACUAUAGUCAAGUGCAUAUGCAGUCCUUCCAAAUAUUUUGCACAGAUGUUGUAUACAUGUCUAAAUGGAAGAAGAGUGGACAAGGGAGGUUUGCUUAGGAUAAUGAUAAGCAGGGCAGAGAUUGACUUGGAUGAGAUUCAGUUGAUGUUCAAGAAUAAACAUGGGUUGGAGCUAAAGGAUGCAAUAUGUGAGAGUAUCCCUCAAGGUGACUAUAGAGAAUUUCUUGUCAUGUUGGCUACAAAACCCUCCAAAAGGGCUAGGCUUGGCUCUUUAUGAAUUCUGGAACUCUAUAUAAUUAAUAAUUUUUAUUUUUGUUUUUGAUAUUUAAAUAUUUGUAUUGUGAUGCCAUGCCAUCAUGUGUGUAAUGUAUAUAUACUAUGGAAAAGUUUGUUAGUCCAA